CCUCGCGUACGUUAGGUGCCAGACUUGAUCUCUCUCUCUCUGCAAGUAGGGCUCUCUCUUUCUACCAUGUCGUAGUUCUUACCAUUUCUUCAGAGAUUGGAGAAUUCUUGGUGUGAAGCCAUUGCAUCUUUAUCCAUCUAUUUUCUGUUUUUUCAUUGUUUUCGCUACCACUAAACGACCUAAACCCUAUCCUACAUCAAAAUCCACAGCUUCAGCCACCCAAAUACGAAACACAGAAAUGGGUCCUUUUAUAACAGAUGUUCCAAAGUCUGUCCUUCAAGAUGUUAUAAUAAAGCUGCCAACGAAGAGCAUUAUCAUGUGCAAAAGCGUCUGCAAGACUUGGUAUUCUCUAAUUUCGGACCCUGCGUUUGCUAGGCUGCAUUUCGCACAAGCAGAGGCCUAUCCUAUGGUCCGGCCCGUGGAUCGAAGAAGCGUGUCAAGAAACCUUUACUUGGUUGAGCCUGAAGAUAGCUCUGGUUUUGAUUUGAAGGACCAUGAUUGUAACCGGUCUCGUGUCCACAUGAAUCUUUCCAAAUAUAAAUUCCCAUUGUGUGAUGCUGAGGAGUUACUCAAUUACCAUAGGAAUGGCAAUGUGAUGCCUAGUCAUGAAACUACAAGAAAGGUUCACAUGAAGAUAACGCAAAUUGAUGACAACAACAACGAGGUGGAUUUCGGUGACGCUACUGCUUACAUGAUGCAUUAUGAUCACAACAACUACAACUUGGUGAAUUCUUGUAACGGUUUGCUUUGCCUGUCUUAUUUUUUUGGGAAUAACCCUGCUGCUGUGUGCAAUCCAAUAACCGGCGAAUUUAUAAACCUUCCCCGUGGUCCUAAACAUGAGAAGGCAAUGAUUUUAAUCGGUAGUGGAUUAGGUUUCAGUCCGAGGACUAACGAAUAUAAGGUUAUGAGAAUUCUUAAGGAACAGACACCUGAUACCAAUAAGGUGGCUGAGAUACACACCCUGGGAACAGGUUCAUGGAAAUCUGUUGGCACUGCUCGCUGCUCAGACUCUGAGCUAUCAUUCCCCACUUGUGUGAAAGGAAUGCUUUAUUGGUUUUCCUAUGACUGGUCAUGUUGUAGUGUGAUUUCAUUUGACUUGGAUACUGAAGAGUUCCUAUCGGUUCCAUCAGUGCCUUCUGGACAGGAGGAUGGUCGUGAUGUGAGCAUGGGAGAUUUGGGAGGUAGUCUAUGUCUGUGUAAAGCUGAGAGUUUUGAAAUCAAUGUGUGGGUAAUGAAUGAUUCUGGUUCACAAAAACUUUGGAUGAAGAAGAUUUCGAUUCGUACUGGUUUUUAUUGAAGGUGGCCAGGUGGCGUAUACAUACCCAUGAAAUACUUUGAGAAUGAUGGUCUGUUGAUGUUUAAUUCUCGUCUCAAUGCCUUCUUUUACCAUCACCCAGGAAACCACAGUCCAUUCAUUUAUCUUAAGCUUCGAGAGAUCAAAUAUUCAUCUACUGAGGCAAUUAGUCAUGUUCC